UUUUACUAAAAAUGAGAAUAUUUUACAUUAUUUGAAUUCUUUUGGGUUUAGAAAAGAAAAUGUAGUGCACGUUUUCAGACACACGACCAGCGGGCGUCCAUUUUUUUAUGUCCGUAUAAUUUUUAGAAAUGCUCUAAAUUGAUAUAGAAUGGUAUAUCUGGUAUGAAAUAAAUUAGUUUUCUAAAAAUUAAACUCGCAUGCACUAACUGCAUAUAUACUACACCGUCUUUGUACAUGAAAUAUAAAUAUUUUGGUUUUCAAGUCACGUGAUUAUGACGUCACUUGAAUCCAAUAAUGAAAGAGAAGGUUGUGUUAAAUACAUGUAGAUGUUGUGUCGCUUUGAAUAUUGACUGAAACCAAUCGUUUCAACCCUAAACUAUACGAUUUUCAUGCAUCAACAUUUGAUUUAAGUUGAAGGUUUGUUGUUAAAUGGAAGAUUGAUUAAUAUGGAGGAAUGUUUUGUCAGUGAUUCUACAUAUGGAUCUCUAAGAAGUGGAAUGCAAGACAGUAGCAGCAGUUUCAGCAUGUCUCUCAGCGGUAGUGAUACUUUUGAGGACCAGCCCUCCACCAGUGGCUGCAGCAGUGACAUGACCCAUAAAGAAAAGCGUAAAGCUCGAGUGAAACAAUAUCUGAGGCAGCUAAAGGCCAUGGUGCCGCCAACUUCAGGAAAAAAGGGGAAAAUGGGCACCCUUAGUGCCUUACAGCAUGUAAUAGGAAGUCUCCAGAAAAUCCAAGAAGAAAAAGAUAAAAGUCAAUUAGCAAGUGGUGAUGCCCUUGUUGAAGAACUAGACAAUUCCCUCUUUGAUAAAGAAUACCAACUCGACUCACAAGUCCUAAAAACAGAGGAAACUGUUCAUGUUGUGCUAACCAUGAAUGAAUUUGCAGUCCUCAAAGUGUCAGAAAAUAUCACUCAAAUCCUAGGAUAUCCAACAGACAGCUGGAUCAACAGAAGUCUUAGUCAUUUUGUUCACAAAAAAGACAUAGUUACCAUCCAUAACAAUCUCAAUGUGGAAGAACUCGUACAAACGACAGAUUAUGAUGAUUCUCCAGUUGAGAGCAAACCCGAAGCUAAAAAAGUCAGCAGGCAAAUAAGGAAGAAGUUCUUCUUCAGAAUAAGAAACUACAAAGGGUUACAGCAUAGUGGCUUCAGCUUGGUAAAACCUGACCGUUUCACAACUGUCCAAGCCACCAUGUCCAUUGGUUAUUAUUCAGAGAGAAACAAAGCUGACUCCCCGUCAUCCUCCUCCUCCGAGGACUGUGUACAGAAGGGGAGGAAAUGUAUCUUCCUAGACUGUACUCCCCUACGUCCACUCUAUAAUGUUGAAAAUGUACAGUUAGAUAAGCAGACUUUCCAUAUGAGGCAUACCAUCUAUUGCAGUUAUAGCUACAUGCAUCCAAAUGCCAUUCCCCUGUUAGGGUACUUGCCACAGGACUUAAAUGGGAUGUCAAUCUUUGACUUUUAUCACAAGGACGAUCUGGAGACAUUGUGCAACAUUUACAAACGAAUUAUAGUCUCCAAAGGAACGACGUUCAAGAGUAAGCCAAUCCGACUGAGGACUAGGAAUGGUGACUGGUUGACGGUGGAGACGGAGUGGUCCAGCUUUGCCAACCCCUGGUCACACAGACUCGAGUUCAUCAUUGGUCAGCAUAGAGUGAUCAAACCACCAACUGAUUGCAAUGUCUUCCGUGAGGCAGAGCAACUUACUAUGAUACCAAUGCUCAAUGACCAUCAUCAGAAGUUACAGCAGAAAAUCAGACAGAUGUUGUUAGAGCCCGUGAGUGAGGAAAAGACCGUUGUCAAGCAUGAACCAACGACAGAUUCUUCUGAUGACCUGAGGACUUCACAAGAAACAGAAAAAGUUCAGAAGAAGAGCAAACAGCAAACAGAAAAAUAUGUGGACAGAAAAGCUGGAAAGUGCUCGGAGUCCCUGCAGUCCACAGAGUCACUAGGAAGAAGUUCACUCCAAACUUUUCCAGAGCAUGAAACUUCUAUGGCAUAUGAGCAGUUAAAUUAUGCCAAUAGUAUUAAAAGAUACCUAAUGAGCCAACAAAAAACGUAUUCGUCAUCUUCAGAGAAGAAAACAACAUCUGAGGAGGAAACUGAUACACCUUGCACCAUCUCCACAACUACAGCAGAAGCAUCAGACUCUGAGUUUGAAGUUGAUAUCUCCGUUCCAAAACCACCAAGCUUUGGGAGCAGUACAAAGGUACUACUGUCAGAGCAAGAACAGAGGGAGGACAUUGCUGGUAGUCCAGCACACCAAAUAGAGGAUAACACAGAGGAAAUAUCCACCUCCCCUGGGGCUGUUGCACCCACCUCCAUGUUACCCCCACCCUCUGUGGAGAAUAUGGACACAAUCCGUCUGUUAACCCUGACACAGGACGCAUUGUUACGACACACCAAACAACAGGAGGACCUGUUUGUAGCUCAUGCCAAGCAGGAUAGAACUCCUAUCAUCCUCAAAUCAAAGGAAGGGGACAUGCUUCAAGAGAGGAAGAGAAGUCAUUCCCCCGACCAUGAAAAGAGCUUCUACAGGCCAACCAAGGCCUCGAGAAAUGACAGCAAUAUUUUGAUCCCACCAUUUCCCUUGCCAAAUAUAGGGUACCCGGUUCAGUACAGGCAAGGUAAUGCCCCUAGAGGUGGGAAUGUGAAUGGAGGUCAACAAAUUGUGUCUCAGUCUGGGCUUCCUGUUUCUUCUACCAAACUGUCACAGAGUAAUGUAGAAAGUAGAGCGACUCCAAUACAGAGCAAUGUGAUUUGGCCAUACUACCCUCAGACGGCAUCAGGGGCCUCAUUCUAUCCGCAAGUGAUGGGAGGAUUUUAUCAUGACCCCAAUGGUAUCCCAGCCACCUUGAGUCUCAAUGUGACCAGUACUAUACCCCCAACAGCCAAUACGACUGGUACAACAAUGAGUGGCGCUUCUAGACACAAUCUAAAGGUACUGCAGGGUCGUUGUCAGGGGCCGUUCCAGCUGCCCACCAUCAGCACCACAUUUUCCUCCUCCUCAGACAUGUCCAUCUCCCACACAGACAGUGGCUCCUCCUACCUUUAUCUGCUCGACUCGGACGACCAGAAUAGCUCAGGACAAGAGUUGGAGACCAAGAGUAAUAAAGUUACCAGAAGUAAUAAACGGCAAACAGAGCCACCAUGGCUGGAGACCAUAUGUUGGACAAAGAAACUUGCCAUGAAUUACCAGCUUCCAAAGAGGAAGAAGAACAGGGUGCUGAAGUCUGACGAAGCUUUCAUUGCCAAAUCCAAGCCAUCGAAUACUCUCCUUCAACAGAUGAUGGAUUUACAAAGUGAGAUAGACCUGAAUCAGGGGGCACCUGCUGUGGAUGAAGAGAAUGACUAUCUUUUCUAUUUGGAUGAUGAGGAGGAGGAUCAAGCAUCAGAUUGUGAUAGCAGGUUCAUUGCCCUGCAAGACAUUCACGAGGCUCUCUCUCAGUGUGAGAAUCACAGUUCUGGCAUAGGGUGCUACGCCCAGCAGGCACAGCCCCACUGUUCACCGUCCAAUGACAGAAAUCCCAGUAGCACAAAAUCCUCAGAAAAACUGGAGGAUUCUACUGGAGAUGGUAUAGAUAUCUCACUGGGCCCUGAAGAGGAGCGUCGAUGUGAAGGUUCUCAAGAGCAGGAGAAUAGGAUGGACUGUCGGAUAUCGAUAGAAAAUCAAACCUCUCUGGAAGCUCAAUCUCAGUUAGAGACACAGGAAGCCAUGGAUAAUCAAGGACCUUUAGACACUCUAUCCAUGGACAUUGAAUCUAAUUGUUCUAAAUCAUCGAGUGACUUGACGCCUAGUGAUGAGAGGAGCAGUGGUGAGGCUGGAAGUUCUCUGAAGGAGUCGGAUGCCAUGUCCUCAAAGGAUUCUGUUGAUGAGAGCAAGGACUCUUCUGAAUCUGAUGUGGAUGUGAGCAAUAGCACAAAGAAGGACAACUAUCAUUUGUAUUUUGUCAUUCCCCCCAUUUCCUUUGUGGAUCAUGGCAAGACUCCAUUUUGGUGUAGGAAUUGUGAAAUGACUCCUGUUGUAGAAAUGGAGUACACAGUCAAGUCAGAAGACUGUAAAAGACAUCUAGAUGAUGACAUGCGAAGUUUGAAGGAUGUUGUGCAACCAGAUCUUGUGAAAACACAAAUGGGCUACAUGUUGGAAGAGUUGAACUUAUCUAAGAAAUUGGAAGAAAAGAUUGACAGUGGAACUAAAGAAACUGAAGGAAACCGUGGUUUAUUGAAGAAAUCAGCAUCACAUUCUAAACCUAAAUCAGAACACUUUAUGACUGAGGAUGUGUUUGAUGGCAUGUUUGUGACUAUGUUGGGUGAAGAUAUUGUCCCGUUUGCAAGAGAAGAAUCACCAGAUGUUGAGGAUGUUUCUCACCGACUAGAAAAAGUGGAUUAAAGUGUUGAAUUACGUGUACUGAACCUGAUUGGAUGUAUUCUUCCUUUGAUUAUCACUUUUAUCUGUUGUUCGUGAAACGAAAAUUCAUUGGCUUAUCAGCAAUUACUCUUGAGGUGACCUUGAUUUAUGAGUCUACUGUUGCAAAAUGUAUUUUGAACGUAUGAGAUUUUCCCAUUAGUGCUGUAAACAUUUUAUUAACAGAAUUUUCUUUGGUUUUCUCUGGAAGUUUAUCACUGUUCCUAAAGGAGUAUAUAAAAAAAUCAAUUGUUAACCACCAAAAGCUACCAUCAAGGUUUAUUUUGGAUUAUUUUUUUUCACAAGAAGGCAUGGAUUCUUUUUUUAUUGGACUGUUAGUUGUAGUACUAAUAGGAAUCCCCCCCCCCCCCCCCCCCCCCUCAAAAUUUAUGAAAGAAAUAAUUUUAAAAAGUUGUUCUUUUUAAACAGAAUUUUAAAAGGGGACUUUAAACUUGGUAGAUGUUAUCAAAACGAUGUAAAUAUAUUUAAGGUGGAAUGGGACACAUGUUAAUAUUAAUGUGAAUAAACGAAUGUCACCAGUUUACAAUUUUCAAAGUUUACAAUAUUUGACCAACAAUGUGUUGUAUAAAUAUUUGAAAAGGUAAAAAUCAUGCUGAACCAAAAUUGUUAAAGCCCCAGCGGGAUUUGGAACUCAUCACAUGGAUUCGUUAAUUUACACUCUAUCUAUUAGGUAACAAUUUUUGGAAAGAAACAGUUUAUAAAAUUAUACUUGAUGUUAUUGUUUAUUUUGAUAGGAAGUAUGUCACAACAUGUAGGUGUCCCAUACCACCUUAACUUGUUUCAGGUAACUGAAUGCUAAAGGCUCGUGUGUUCAUUACCCUCUAACCACUUAUGUUUCUGGUACAUGUUUUUUUGGUUUGAUGUCAACUCGUAUGUAACUGAUUUUAUUUUGAUAUAUGUCAAUAUUAGAAAAGAAAUCCUUAAGAAAUGACAUUUACCAUACACUUAAAGCAAAGUGAUACAAACAGGGUACAGUAUUGAAAAGAUCUGAUUGUAGUAUCCAGAUCCCUGUGUCAGAGCUAGUAUCCAGAUCCCUGUGUCAGAGCUAGUAUCCAGAUCCCUGUGUCAGAGCUAGUAUCCAGAUCCUUGUGUCAGAGCUAGUAUCCAGAUCCUUGUGUCAGAGCUAGUAUCCAGAUCUUUGUGUCAGAGCUAGUAUCCAGAUCCCUGUGUCAGAGCUAGUAUCCAGAUCCUUGUGUCAGAGCUAGUAUCCAGAUCCUUGUGUCAGAGCUAGUAUCCAGAUCCUUGUGUCAGAGCUAGUAUCCAGAUCCUUGUGUCAGAGCUAGUAUCCAGAUCUUUGUGUCAGAGCUAGUAUCCAGAUCCUUGUGUCAGAGCUAGUAUCCAGAUCCUUGUGUCAAAGCUAGUAUCCAGAUCCUUGUGUCAGAGCCAUCGGAUUAUGAAUAGAGGAACCAGCACAAAGCAAAGAGCCUCUCAAUGCAACAUUGAUUUGUCAAAAUGUGCAUUAGAUUGUUAUUAAAGCUACUGUAAAUUGUAAAAAAAAAAUUUUACUUUUUUGAAAGACAGCAAUUUGCCUCCUUCAACAUCACAUGUAGCAACAUUAUUUUUCUGAUUGGUAAAUCACAAUGUAGAUCAAUAUAUAUGUCCAAAAAACCAUUUGCUUUUCAAGCUAUAGAUGGAAUGACUGAAAAAAAAACAGAUUGUCUAAAUUUUUGCAUGACUUUUACAGUUAGAGUUACUAAACAUCAGACAUUAGUCAUCAAAUGGCCAUAAAUAUAUGACAUCAAUCAAGUUUUAGGUACAAAUGGGUCUUCUAUUCUAGGAUGAAACAGUGUCCAAGCAACACAAGGUUAAAGGUGCAAUAAAUGCGUUCACCUGUGUGUAUGUUUCUAGCUUAGUAUAGCUGUAAGGGAGCUAACAUGUCACAUUGUGAAUAAUGUUGUAUUCAUGACAUUGAUCUCAAUUUUCAUGGCCACCUCGGGACCAUGGGUUUUCUUUGUUUUAGUAGGUUUUCAAAAUGAUGUUUUAUAUCAGUUUGAAGGCCUUUAAUUGUAAAAUUACUUGUAAAUAGUUAAAAUUUAAUAAAAUAAAUCGGCCCUUUCCAUUAAAUACCUAGCAGUGAGUCACCAAAGACACAGAUGUCCAUGUAUAUACAUUGUAUUAAUGUACAGGAUUCUGCUAUCUUGUCAAUAGUUUAGAUGAUGCCGAUUGAAACUGCUGGUCAGUGACAGCGGGUUCUUUGUUUUCUCAAUGAUCCUUAAUGAACAAGGACAAUGUAGACACGUUAUCUUUUGUAACACUGUUUUAUAUGCUGUUUGUAAAACGAUUUAUUCCUGUUGGUUUUUUUUAAUGUUGUUUAUUUUAAAAUAAAAACAGUGGAAUGAAUAAAAUUUUGAAAUGAAAGAAAAA